AUCACUUGAAAUCAACAAGAUAUCAACCACCAUAGAGAAUGAGAAAAAUCUAGUUUCUGUUGGUGAUUCGGGAAGACCUAAAACUAUGAUGGAUCAGUUUUUAAGUGGGUUUGGAAUGAGUAGCUUACUCUCUGGUCAGACAACAAAACAAGCAACUAGCGUCAAUGGAACUACAGGAAGUUCCCCUCAACCAGUCCGUAGUGUUUCUACAGCGCCAUCUGCUGUCACACCACAAAAGGUAACUUUAUCUUUAGAAGAAAAACAGAGAUUAGCAAAAUCCCAGGACGACCAUUUAAAAUUUAAAUCUCAACAACCUUUGAACCCGUCAGGUUCGUCAAGACCAAACGCGCCAAAAACAGCGCCAUCUAGUCAAACACGUGACCUUACUUCCUCUCUUAUAAACUCUAAUUUACAGAAAAUGAAUUCACCUAGUUCGUAUAGUGUGGGGAGUCCUGGAAACAAUUCUUUCAUGGGAAGUAACUCUAGUCCAUACAUGGGCAAUAACACUAUGAUGGGAGGUAACUCUUACAUGACUUCCAGUGGGACCAAUUCAAUGAACGGACCAAAACCAACAGCAUCAAAAUCUGUUGAUUUAUCUGCAUUUGAUGAUCUAUUACCGAAUAAAAAUACUUCUAAGAAAUCUUUAAAUGAAAUGAAAGCCUCCCAAAGUGCUCAAUCUUUUACGCAAAACACAGGAAUGGGCAUGAUGGGUAUGCCAAGAAUGGGAAUGAUGGGUAAUCAAGGAAUGAUGGGAUAUCAACCAGGAUUCAACCAAACAUACGGUCAGCAACAACAAUUCAACCAAUCAGCAAUGAUGGGUGGAAAUCAAAUGACUUUUGGUCAGCCUAACAACAUGAUGACAUCACAACAAACGAUGGGAGGUAACUUUAUGAUGCCACAAAAUCAGACCACUAAUAAACCAAAUAAUGCUAGUAACAAUACAGACUUGUCAGAUAUAUUUGGAUAG